GCUGCAGGAAACGCAUUAAAAAUGCAACCAAAACAAAGUGAGUGCUCCUUCUUGUUGCCUCGCUUGGUUGCAGCAGCGCGCGGAGCACAUCUGGAGAGAAACAGGACAUCCACUUUUUCGAUGACAGGCCCCCGUAAAGAGAAAGGGGCGGGGUCAGGGCUGGUGUUGGAUUUCACAGCCAGAGAACGUGACUGCUAUGGUUGCUUCUGCGAACGUCGUUUCGAACUUGCUUACUCUCUGAACGCCACUCGCCGACUUCUUACCCGCUGUUUGCCCGGUGGGGGUUAACUCACUCAGCGCUCGUGAGGGCCACCGUUUUUUGGAGAUUUUGAGAAGUCGGCGGAAAACUUUCAACAAAAAAAAAAAGAAAAGAAAAAAAGAGACUACAACCCGCGUUAGAAAUACAGCGGCGCGACUGAACUUCCAGCAGCAGUCCGAGGCGAGCAGCAGCGGCAGGAGGAGGAGUCAACAGGUCCCAGAGCUUAGGAGCCGCAAUCGAUUCAAGGACGGCGAGAUUGACGUUUUUGGGAAGAAGGGCCUGUCCGAGCAAUCGAUGCAGGCAGUCCACCAACCGGAAGCCCAGUUGGCCGAACAGCACACCACUCAAUCAGUCUGAACAGCAACACCCAGGGCUUCUGGCAACCAACCGAGACAGAGGCUCUGCAACUGCGAACAGGGGGCCCAUUCAAGGAGAAGAGCUUUCUCCUGGCAUCAUGUGAUCUGCACAUUUCCUAGGAGCGCUCUGCAGUUGAAGAGUGGAAUGACGUCCCCGUGAAAGCAUCACAACCACUAGCACCCCCAUCACCGCCAUUGCCGCUCCUGACUGUUGCCAUCAAAGUGCACCUCUUCUUGACUCAACUUGCCUCCUGUCUUUCUCUGCCUUCAUCUUCGAGAUAAGGAAUGGCCGCGUUACUUCCCAACGCCUCUUGCAAAUAAGGUCGUUUCACAAUCCCAGAGAAAGGAAGGAUAAAAAGCUCCACAUUCCUCCUUUAUACUUCUGCCCCAUUUUUCUUUUUUAUCUUUUGUGUCCUCAGUAACUCAGCCCUUAACACACACACAGACACACUCACCCACACACAUUCGCUAAACCAAUAGGAUUUUGCGGCCAUUUUCAGGGCAACCUUUUCAACCUUAAGGAGAUAUUUUCUUUUUUGCAAACUUUGCCUGUUGGAAUAUCUUCUUACCCAGCAUCCUUAUGGGGGAUUAAAUCCUUAUAGGAAUCCAUACUGACUCCUGACUGUGGCGCUGUUGCAUCUCAGUGAGGGUUUUUUCUUUACCCCAGUGAGGUCUUUUCGUGACUUGUAGGUGGACUGAGCCAUCAUGGCUGGGAAGGGCAACCCGGUGCCGGGCCCCCACCUCAACGGCUUCCCCGUGCCCACCUACUCCUACUUCUUCCCCCACAUGUUGGGGAGCCUGUCGCCUCCAGCCCUGCCGGGACUGCCUCUCAGUGGAUACAGCACCCCCUCACCAGCCACAAUAGAGACCCAGAGUACCAGCUCAGAGGAAAUAGUGCCAAGCCCGCCCUCGCCUCCCCCGCCACCCCGCGUCUACAAGCCCUGCUUUGUGUGCCAGGACAAGUCCUCAGGGUACCACUAUGGUGUCAGUGCCUGUGAGGGCUGCAAGGGCUUCUUUCGGCGAAGCAUUCAGAAAAACAUGGUGUACACUUGUCACCGGGAGAAGAACUGCAUCAUCAACAAAGUCACCCGCAACCGCUGCCAGUACUGUCGGUUGCAGAAGUGCCUGGAAGUCGGGAUGUCGAAGGAGUCGGUGAGGAACGACCGGAACAAGAAGAAAAAGGAUGAGAAGAAGCAGGAGUGCACAGAGAGCUACGUGCUGAGUCCUGACACGGAGCAGAUGAUCGACAGGGUUCGCAAGGCACACCAGGAUACUUUCCCCUCCCUCUGCCAGCUGGGCAAAUACACUACGACUAACAGCUCAGAACGACGUGUGUCCUUGGACGUAGACCUGUGGGACAAGUUCAGUGAGCUGUCCACCAAGUGCAUCAUCAAGACAGUGGAGUUUGCCAAGCAGCUGCCCGGCUUCACGACGCUCACCAUCGCCGACCAGAUCACUCUGCUCAAAGCUGCCUGUCUGGACAUCCUGAUACUGCGGAUCUGCACACGCUACACACCAGAGCAAGACACAAUGACUUUCUCAGAUGGACUUACGCUAAACCGAAACCAGAUGCACAACGCUGGCUUCGGUCCCCUUACUGAUCUGGUUUUUGCCUUCGCCAACCAGCUCCUUCCUCUGGAGAUGGAUGAUGCAGAGACGGGGCUGCUUAGUGCCAUCUGUUUGCUGUGUGGAGAUCGACAGGACUUGGAAGAGGCAGACAAGGUGGACAUCCUGCAGGAGCCCCUUCUGGAGGCGCUGAAGAUUUAUGUAAGGAAGAGGAGGCCCCACAAACCGCACAUGUUCCCCAAGAUGCUGAUGAAGAUCACUGAUCUUAGAAGCAUCAGUGCUAAAGGAGCUGAGCGUGUCAUCACGCUGAAGAUGGAGAUCCCCGGCUCCAUGCCACCUCUUAUCCAGGAGAUGCUGGAGAACUCAGAAGGUCUGGAAAGCGGAGCCGCAGGCGGACGACCCAGCGGCGCCCCCCCAGGCAGCUGCAGCCCCAGCCUGUCCCCCAGCUCUGCCCAAAGCAGUCCAGCUACACAAUCGCCGUAGUCACGGCCCACGUUUUCAUUUUCAUUUUUUCUUUGUGUUGCGCUCUAUCUCCUCCCAUUAAUGUUCUGAAGAGGAGGGGUGAAGGAGGUGGGUCUUCUUGACCCCUAACUGCUGAACACAGGAGACCGGCAGAGCCAACCACCUCCUCUCCGACAACAAAAAUCCCCAUCUCCUGAUCCGCUCUCCCCUCUCUCUGGAUUUCCAUCCAGACAUGAGGGGAGAUGAGGCUGGAGCAGGCCGGGGUAACAGGAUGCCUCCAACAUACCACACCGUAAACACUGCUGAUGACUCUUCCUCCUUCUCCCUCCCUUCUCCACCUUUUUUUUUCUUUUCUUUUUCUUUUUGAAAAGACUAACGGAGAUGAGGUGUGGAUGAACCCGAGAGCGGUUGGAGCACAAUGGAACAAAUAUAAGGACGAGAACAAUGAACACAGACUGACUUGACAAACACCAGACACUUUUGUUUUUUUUCUUUUCUUUUCGUUGUUGUUGUUGUUGUUGUUGUUGUGCUCUGAGGCAGACUACAACUGAACUUUUGGGACUUGUCAAAAGAACCCACUCCUCAAAGACUCUGGGUCUUUUCCUCUUUUCCAGUUUCAAGAAAAAAAAUAACAGAUUUCGUACAAAAAAAAAGAUAUAUAAAUAUAUAUAGAAAAAUUAAGGAACUAUUGCGAUCGACAUGUCCAGAACAGGAUGGCAGGUAGAAAUGAGGACAUGUUUUCUGAGCUGAGAUUAGAAAUUGUUGUACUCCUUCACUGUUUGAAUCUUUUUCAUACCCAUCGAGUAUUGAGAAAAAUGCUUCGGUUUCACAUUUGUAUAUUCUAAUUGACGGGGGGAAGAAAAAAUAAAAGAUUAUUUUUUUUCCCUUUCCAGUCUACACAAGCAAACACACACAAAUGUGCACAGAAAACAAGUCGCAAUGAUUAUCACCUACUAUUCCAGGUCGGAUUUGUUUUCCCUUUUUUUUUUUUUUUUUUUUUUUUUUUUUUUUCUUCCAAGAGAUUGGGGGGAAAAAUGAUUGUAUGAACUCAGUUGUAUGAUAUGGUCACAGGUCCUUUCAAGAAAUCAAAUUAAUGAAGAUUCAUUAUUAAGGUGUAUUUUAAGUAGCCUUUUGAGUUUGUGUAUAUAAGCUGUAUUCAUUUCUUUAAAACUAUGAAGAGUUUUAGGGUUCACCUGAUCGAUUUUUUUUAAAGAAUACCGUUUUAUGUGUUUUUAGGUUUGUGAUUCAAGAAAAGACGUUUUGAGCACAUUUUACUGAAGGAAGUUCUUUCAUGUUUUGUGUCCUACUUUUAAAAAAAACAAACAAAAACAUGGCAGACCCAUCACAAAUCACUGGCUCUUCAGGUUUUGGCUUCACGAACAGUUUUGCCCCCCCAACCCCACUUUUCUUUUUUUUUUUUAUUUUAUGUACAGUAGGUAAGAAAGUAGCACUCCUGUCGGGGCAUAGCUUUUUUUUGUGUGUUUGGCCAUGUAGCAGAAAGAGAAGGCGGCGUUUGAGGAAAUGGUUUAGAUGCCUUCUGUGGCCUGACGGGCUCAAACAAGCGGCGGCGGCUCUGCUUCAAAGAGAGUUGAAAUGUGAACAAUGGUGUACAUACACUCUGUAUUAAACACAAGUAAAUCUCAGUGCGCUCUCUCUCUCAGUGCAUCAAUUUGUAGUGGAUGGGAGAAGACUAGACUCUAGUGAUCCCCCUCCUCCACCUCUGCCCUGUCAGCGAUCAGGCAAGGCGAGGUCCCAAAUGUGAUGUUUGUCAGCUAACUCCCCGCCCCUCACCUCCACCUUGGCAACCUGUGGUAGAAACAAUAUGUGACUUAACUGAAUCCAGAGCAACCUCGUGCCCUGUGACACCAAAAACGCCUUCACCAUUGCUACACGUCACCCAGACCAUCAUUACUGUACGCGCACCAAUGUCUCAGGAAGGAAUCAUUUUUGUGUGCUUGGCCUGUCAUUUGUAUAUGUUCUGUGCUGCAACCCCCUCCCUCUCCGGUAACAGAUGCACAUACACACACACACACCUCUGCUACUGAGCCCUUCAAAUUUUUCUUCACUCGCUUUUGUUUGGCCUGGCAAAACCAGGACUUGUGCCGAGAGACACUGACCCCCGACCGCUCCAUUUUACAACAUCCGUAAGAUGCCAGUGUGGACUCUCUCCGAGUCGUUCACAUGUCCUCUUUUUCUUUUCUUUUCUUUUUUUUUUUUUUUUUUUUUUUUGUACGGUCAAAGCUGCUUUCGUCAUUUUAGGACUUAAACUGUCCAGAACGGCGCAGAACUUUUCCCUCCACAGCGAAUCUGGAAUAGCAACAGACACACCGUCAGUUUGAAAAGUAUGGAAUAUGUUGCAAUUUUGUCAAGAUUAUCAAGCGACUUUGAAAAAAAAACAAAAAACAAACAAAACAAAACGAGAAAAAAGAUUUUAAAAAAAUAAUAAAACCAACAUUUAAUAAUUAAACGUUUGUGUUGUUCA